AUGGAGGCGGCGGCGGUUCCAGCGGCCUCCUCCGGCGCCUUGGUGCCAGCUGCCGCCGCGGGCACCGCCGUGGUGACGGGGAAGGAGGCGACCCCGCCGGCCCCGAAGCGCCCGAAGAAGAUCCUGGAUGAGGAGGCCUACAUCGAGAGUUUAGAGAAGAUCAUUCAGCGAGACUUCUUUCCUGAUGUGGAGAAGUUGCGAGCGCAGAAGGAAUAUCUGGAGGCUGAGGAAAACGGUGACUUGGAGAAAAUGAGACAAAUUGCUAUCAAGUUUGGCUCCUCCUUGGGCAAAUCAUCGAGGGACACACCUGCACCCUAUGUUACACCAGCCACGUUUGAAACCCCAGAAGUGCAUCCAGGUGGCCUUCCACUGGGGAAUAAAUCCAAAGCUGGCAUCAAAGCUGCAGAGGAAGGAGAAGCAGAAAAAGGUGAUAAAGAUGCACUUCCCAGUCUGGACAGCUUCUUAGCAAAACACACGAGUGAAGAUAAUGCUUCGUUUGAGCAGAUCAUGGAAGUGGCCAAAGAGAAGGAGAAAGUCAAGCAUGCUUGGCUGUACAGUGCAGAAGAGGAGUAUGCCCAGCGACGAAAUGAGAACCUGGCACUUCCUUCAGCAGAGCAGCAAGCUCUGGAGAAUGUGAAAGCCGGACUGGAGACCUGGGAGUACACGGCUCGAAAUACCCUCAUGUAUUAUCCGACAGGUGUACCUGAUGAGGAUGAUGCAUUUAAGAAGCCCAGGGAAGUUGUCCAUCGAAACACCCGUUUUGUGAAGGACCCUUUUAGCCAAGCCGUGAGCAAAUCACAGCUCCAACAAGCUGCAGCCCUCAAUGCUCAGUACAAACAGGGCAAAGUGGGACCAGAUGGGAAAGAACUGAUACCCCAAGAGUCUCCAAAAGUGAAUGGAUAUGGAUAUGUGGCUACCCCCUCUCCUGCCCCUGGUGUGAAUGAGUCUCCUUUUAUGACAUGGGGUGAAAUCGAAAGCACCCCUUUGCGUCUAGAAGGGUCAGAAACGCCAUAUGUGGACAGAACACCUGGACCAGCCUUCAAGAUCCUGGAGCCUGGGCGCCGUGAGAGGUUAGGACUCAAGAUGGCCAAUGAAGUGGCAGCUAAAAACCGAGCAAAGAAGCAGGAAGCACUUCGAAAAGUGACAGAAAACUUGGCCAGCCUCACUCCGAAAGGACUAAGCCCAGCAAUGUCACCAGCUUUGCAAAGACUAGUAAACAGGACUGCAAGUAAAUAUACCGACAAAGCCCUGCGAGCCAGCUAUACUCCUUCCCCAGCCCACACAGGAACUCCUGGUUACAAGACCCCAGCAAGUGGGCCUCAUACACCCACAAGCACCCCACAGUCUAGGACAGUGUCUCAGACGCCGGUAUCUCAGGAUACUACAUCGAUCACAGACAAUUUACUGCAGCUUCCUAAAAGAAGGAAGGCAUCUGAUUUCUUCUGAAUAUUCUGGUCACCAGCAAGGUGACAGUGAACUGGCUGUGCUCAGCUGUCUGCAAACUGGAUGUUGUGAGCCACUGGUAGUAAGGGGUGUCUAGAUACAGCUGCCAGAAUGGAAGCCAGCAGUUACAAGAUCUGGGACCAGCGCUACUCUAGACUAUAUAGCUAAAAUAGCCUGUGAUGUGCUUUUUGGAAGCAGAAUAUCUCCUGCUGUAGUAUAACUUCCCUUUGAACUGCAUGGAUGGGAUGCACAGGGCUGCUGUAGCAAAAGGAUGCUUCCUGCAAUGGCAGAGAAGAUUCUGGACUCUUGGAAAAUGGCAAUAAUUUCUUAAAGAUAUAUUUCUUUUUCAGAUGGCCGUGCAUUUAAAUACAUUUCUGUACAGAUAUGUCUAUUUAUAAAAUGUGGUUAGCCUUCCUAAAAGGUUGAACUGGA